GAUCUUGGCUGCGGGGCUUUUUUUGCACUUCAGACAAGCAGGUUGGCCUUUUUUCGUGAAGCCUCGUUCUUGGGCCAUCAGCGGUUGUGGGCCAUCAGCGGCUGCGAGCCAUGGGAUGCGUGUCUUUUGCUCUUCCGUCGCUGACCCUCCUGCUGCGUAUUGUCAGACGCCCGUGCGAGCUAGUGCAACAGUUGUCAUGGCUUGGAGAGAUUAAAUAAAAACGAUUAAUUGAUUAAUUGGCAUCUGGGAAAUUGAAGCUCAUUCUCGACGACCCGUACGACGUCCAGCGCCACCACCACCCGUCGUCUCUCCCGCGUGACAAAACGCUCCUCUUUCUCUCCGUCGUCAUCUCUGUCCUUUACCAGGCUGAUCGCUGAUUCUCCUUCUUCCAAAUAUGCUAUCUAUCGCUUCUUUUCUGCGUGCGUUCUCUCCGGGGCGCUGACUUCGUUUCCCGGGAUAGCGUACUCACUCGAUCGUCUUGGAGAAUUUGGUUCUCACCGUCAUUUCUGCCCCCCUUUUUCUAUUCUUUUCUCUUUUCCUCUAUCUUUUAGUUCCUUGGCAUCUUCUUCGUCCUUUUUUUUUUUAAAAAAAAAACCAUUAUUGAAGGUCCUUGUGUCAGCUUUUUCUGAAAUACCAGCGCGACACUAUGGUGAAUCCUUCAGAAAGCGUAGGAGAGGACUUAGUUACUGGUGGCCAGAAACCGCCCGCCUGGAAGAACCUCUUCGGGAUCGUGUGGAGAAACGCAUCCCGCUCUGCGGAAGAGGAUGCGAAUUAUCGUUCGAAGUCUACCCUAGGUAUCCUGAGUGACAAGGAGACAGAUGAAGUACCAGGAACGAUUCUACUUCUCUCAUCCAACCGCAACGAACCUCUGAGGUUGAGGCACCAAGAGCAACGUACGUCUGCUUCAUCGCUACCAUCUCCAUAUCCCCAUUCCGAACCGGUUCCUUCGAAAAAGAAGGCGCCUGAUGGUCAGAUUGUUCUCGAACCACAACCCGAUGAUUCGCUGAACGAUCCUCUGAACUGGCCUAUGUGGCGACGGGAUGCUGCAUUGCUUUCCCUUGGGUUCUACUGCUUGAUCGGCGGGGGCAUGACGCCAAUUCUCGCGGCAGGAUUCAACAAUGUUGCCGAGACUUAUGGUGUGUCAACGCAGGAUGUCGCAUAUACAACCGGGUUGUACAUGCUUGGGCUUGGCGUGGGCUCCGUCAUCAUGUCUCCUACAGCUAUUCUAUACGGAAAGCGUCCGGUCUAUCUCCUUGGUGCUACUCUCUGUAUUGUCUCUGCCGUUUGGUGUGCUCUCUCUCCAAACUACCCUAGCCUGGUCUUGGCCCGCAUCUUCCAGGGAAUUGCAGUCAGUCCGGUGGAAUGUCUUCCCUCUGCCACGAUAGCCGAAAUUUACUUCCUACAUGAGCGAGCGUACCGGGUCGGUGUCUACACGCUUCUCCUUCUAGGGGGUAAGAACCUGAUUCCACUGGUGAGUGCUGCCAUCAUCAACAGCUUGAACUGGCGCUGGGUUUUCUGGGUCGUUGCAAUGGUGGUCGGAGGUGGUCUUGUUUUACUUUUCUUGUUCGUGCCCGAGACCUUCUGGGACCGAACGCCUCGUCCACGUCAGUCACACAAGCGCCCGCGUUUACCACGCAGCGUGUCGGAUUUGGUGACUAGCGGUUUUCGCGGUCGUCCACCCCAUGCCAAGCGUCUGGAAGGCGAAGAUGGAGACGGAGACGGGGACGAGCCGAAAGUACUCCCUGCAGCACCGCCAAAGAAGCGCAAGGAGGCCCAUGUUGGGUUCGUCGAUGAGCCUGGCGUUGAGAAGGAGACCCAGGUAGGAUCAGAGAAAGUCGAAGCGUCUGCGGAAAUUCAUGCGGCCGGAGAUGAAGGCGCGGCGGAUAUGCGCUGCGCUAUGUUGGAGAAACCUGACCUGGUGGCCUAUGUGCCAUGUUCAACUGCCAUCACGGAGCAGUCUCGACAAACCGAAGGCACUGCGGCAGAUCUCGAAGCUGCCAAGAGGAUGGCAGCAUCCCCAGCUCGUAGCGACUCAACGAGCCGUUCACGAUCUAUCAGUAUGGCAAUGCGCUACACAAACCGACUCCGCGAGCAGCCUCGUAUCCCGUACUUGCAGACGCUCAAGCUGUGGAAUGGACGGAUUGCACAUGACAGCUGGCUGCGGGUUGCAUUCCGGCCGUUCAUUCUGUACGCCUACCCAUCGGUGCUGUGGUCAUCGGUGGUCUACUCUCUGUCGAUCGGCUGGCUGAUUGUGCUCUCGGAAGUCGUGGCCCACGUGUACCAGAGCCGGGAUAGCUACAAUUUCAGCUCGAUACAGACGGGGUUAAUCUACAUCUCACCAUUUGUCGGGGCGCUUCUGGGCACGGGGGUGGCGGGAAAAGUGUCUGACAUCAUUGUGCGGUUCAUGGCGCGUCGGAACGGGGGCAUCUACGAGCCAGAGUUCCGGCUAGUAAUGGCGAUCCCCAUCGCAGUGUCAACGACGAUAGGAAUGAUGGGAUUUGGAUGGAGCGCACAGAUCAAUGAUUCAUGGAUUGUGCCAACGAUAUUCUUCGGGGUGGUAUCAUUCGGUUGUUCUCUGGGCAGCACGACGUCUAUUACAUUCUGCGUGGACAGCUACCGGCAGUACGCAGGGGAGGCGCUGGUGACGUUGAAUUUCAGCAAGAAUGUCUUCCACGGGUUGGUUUUCUCGCUGUUCAUUGUGGACUGGGUGGACGCGGACGGGGCGCGGACGGUCUUUCUGGUGCUAGGGGGGAUCCAGCUGGCAUGUCUCCUGUUCACGAUUCCGAUGUAUAUGUACGGCAAACGGGCGCGGAUGUGGACGGUGCGAAGGCGACUGAUGGAGAGGUUUUGAGGGUUUGGAGAGCCGUUGGAACGGUCACAUGAUGCUGUGGAAAUACUGAUAUUGGCAAGUAGAGUAAAUGCCACGGAAUGGACAUGAACAUGAC